AUGGUAGACCUUGGGAUUUUACUCUCAUGGUUUCCUUAUAUCUUCCUCUUUUUCUUCACCUUCCUCUUCUUCUUCGGUAAAACAAAUAAGUCCGCAUCAACUUCGACUUCUAUAUUACCAAAAUCAUACCCAUUAAUCGGUUCUUGUUUCACCAUUCUUGCGAACAGAUACCGACAUAAUCAAUGGGCAGCAGAGGUUCUUGCUGUAUGCCCAACAAACACCUACGUGCUUCGAUGCCCCGGUACUUGUAUGGUUUUCACUGCUUAUCCUGAAAAUGUUAAACACAUUGCCAAGUCUCAUUUCUCUAACUACCCAAAAGGUGCAGUCCUUAAAAACAUCCUCAGUGAUUUCUUUGGCAAUGGGAAUGUCAAUGCAGAUGGUGAUAGCUGGAAGUUUCAGAGACAAAUAUUAUUAAGUCAUGAAUUCAACCCCACAUCUCUUCGUAAGUUCUUCGAAGAAGUUGUUAAGGUCGAAAUAUUCAAAAGAUUGAUUCCUGUCCUCUCAAUGGCAGCUGAAAAUAAUUCUGAGCUUGAUCUUCAAGAUAUCUUCCAAAGAUUUGCUUUCGAUACUAUUUGCAAGAAAGCAUUUGGGUAUGAUCCGAGCUACCUUUCACCAUCCCGAGAAGAAACAGAAUUUGCAGCUGCAUUCGAAGAUGCUAACAGAAUAACGAGUGAACGUGUCGGUCAUGUUAUCCCUUUAGUUUGGAAACUUCAGCGAUUUCUCAACAUAGGAUCAGGAAAGAUACUUAAACAAGCAAUUGCAACAAUCCGGGAAUCUAUAAGAAAAAUUGUAAGGCAAAGGAAACAUGAAGUCAAGGAGAAAUCUUUCCUGGAGACUACUGAUGAUCUCAUAUCAAGGAUUGUUAAAGACCAUAAUGUAGAUGAAGAAUUGUUAAUUGAUAUUGCCAUAAAUUUCAUUGUAGGAGGCCUAGAUACCAUUUCAGCAGCCUUGACAUGGUUUUUCUGGUUGGUUUGUUCCAAUCCGGAAGUAGAGACAGAAAUACUAAAGGAGAUAAACCAAACAGCUGAAGAACCUGGCUAUGACGAUGUCAAGGACAUGGUUUACAUUCACGCGUCACUUUGUGAAACCAUGAGGUUGUACCCACCAGUGCCGGUCGAAAGUAAAGAAGCAGCAAGUGACGACAUUUUACCUGACGGAACGAUUAUAAAGAAGGGAAUGAUGGUCUUAUAUUCUUCUUAUGCGAUGGGUAGGAUGGAAAAUUUGUGGGGUUCGGAUUGUAAUGAAUUUAACCCAGGGAGAUGGUUAGAAAGGAAGAAUGUUACAGGAAAAUUAAGCUUCGUGGGCAAGGAUCCUUAUACGUAUCCGGUAUUUCACGCAGGUCCAAGGAUUUGCUUGGGUAAAGAGAUGGCUUUCCUAGAAAUGAAAAUAGUUGCAGCAGAAAUUUUACGCCGAUUUAAAGUGGUUCCAGCUGAAAACGGGGAUGAUUUUGCACCUGUGUUUGUUUCGUAUGUGACGGCGAAAAUGAAAGACGGCUUCCCUGUAAAGCUUGAAAAAAGGACCACAAAAUUCUCUCGUUAA